CAGGGCGUGGAGUUCUUCGAUGAGAAGCUGAACUCGCUCUGCAUGGCCUGGCUGGUGGAUCACGUGUACGCCAUCCGCGAGGCCGCCACCAGUAACCUGCGGAAGCUGGUGGAGCGCUUCGGGCACACCUGGGCGCAGGGCACCAUCGUGCCCAAGGUGCUGGCCAUGGCCGCCGACCCCAACUACCUGCACCGCAUGACCACCCUCUUCUGCAUCAACGUGCUGUCGGAGGUGUGUGGGCAGGAGGUGACCACCCAGCAGAUGCUGCCCAUUUGUCACACCUGUCCCACCUGUCCAUGUCACACCUGUCCCAUCUCACCUGUGUCUCACCUGUGUCUCACCUGUCCCAGGUGCUGUCGGAGGACGCUGCAGACCGAGGUGAAGCCGGUGCUGGAGAAGCUGACGCAGGACCAGGACGUCGAUGUCAAAUACUUCGCACAGGAGGCGCUGACAG